UAUCAUCAGCACAACGCGAGCUCGGCAAGAGUGUGUUCAACACAUCAGCCACCUCACCGCCGGCCGGCUCCGCGGACAAUGCCAUCCCGCCAGGCGUGGGCGCAGCGGACCCGCGGCCCACGCCUCGCACCGGGCCGUACUUCGACCUCGUGGCUUCCAAGAAUGUCACCGCGCUGCUCGGCAAGACGGCGUAUUUGAACUGCAGGGUGAAGAAUUUAGGGAAUAAGACGAUAAACAUGCAAGUAUCUUGGGUGCGACAUCGCGAUAUACACCUGCUGACAGUCGGACUCUACACGUACACGAGCGACCAGCGAUUUAGAGCCAUACAUUUGGCGCAUUCCGAAGAUUGGACAUUACAGGUAAAUAGCAUACUCGGAAUAUACUCCAGAUGCCGUAUAGUUAGUGGAAUUAGUCGGCUCAUUAGUAAAGUAUGUGAGCCGUGA